GCAGACUGCGCUCCUGCGUCAAUCUCUGAGGACGCUCGCUCAGACGCUCUGAGGGAUACGCGCUUGUUUUCUAAUCUCUGAGGGAUUAUUAAUUUUCUUGAGCACUAUUUUGUUUUAGAAGAGCCCGCAGACUAUGGAUAUUUACCUUUGGAUUUCCCUGUUUUCGGUGACAUGUUCCUGGAUUUCCUGCACAGUCCUAUCGGCCCCAGCUGGAGACGUAUCCACUGCCUCCACCGUCACCCAGGGGCGCCAUGUGCGGACCAAACGCUGCUCCUGCGCGACGUUCCUGGACAAGGAGUGCGUCUAUUUCUGCCACCUGGACAUCAUAUGGGUCAACACACCUGAGCGCGUGGUCUCCUACGGACUGGGCGACGCUCCCAGGACGCGGCGCGCACUCACGGACUCCACGGCACCCACGAGCGGACCUCGCUGCCAGUGCGUCCGGGAAAACGACAAAUCCUGCCUGAACUUCUGCCGGCCAGAAAACCGCCCCAGGUAUGAGACACCGGCCGAUACGGUGAUCCGCUCCCCCGGGGGCGGCGCGGAGGUGCAGCGCAAACAGAAGCUGGCAGCAGAUGGAGGCAAGAUUAAGAGGGUGAAGCACAGCAGCGAUAAACAGGUGCCGCCUCCAGUGCUCAGGGCUGCGCUGAAAACCAGCCUGCUUCUGGAGAAGUGGAGGGUGAGGCAGCACCACAGGGCGAGAGCUUGGGAGGGCGAGAGCGCGGCCUCCUAAAGAAGGCCGCUUUCCUCCGCACUCUCUCACACAGAGGGAGGAAGGGGCUUUAAACCUUCACCAAAGCCAGCGGGGACUUCUGUGCAGCAGCACCCCUCAGGAAGGAAGUGGGGAGCCCGCAUAAGGCCGGCUAACCGACUCCACGCCGGUUUCGUGGCUGCAGCAGAGCAGAGAGUGCUGACAGCUCAGCUGGGCUGCACUUCUUCAGACAGACGAACGAGGUUUGGGACAUUAACAGGAGAUCAGGUGAACGGAGAUAAGCUGAGAAGAGAACCUGGCCCCAAUCUGCAAAAAUCAAGGACGCUCAUUGAUCCUUUCAGAUGCCAUGGUCAGAGUUGUGCCUUUGGACUUAACACACACACACACGCACGCACACACACACACACACACACACACACACACACACACACACACACACACACACACACACACACACACACACACACACACACACACACAAGCCAAAUAACAUUUCAUAAACGUGACAUUACAGGGAGGCAUUUACUCAAACCCUUCUGACAGGCUUUAAAAUCACUGCUGUAUAUGGAAGAGGCCGUUCUACUGCUCAUAUUCUGAAAAUGCCAUCAUUUUUUUUUUCCAGCACACCACUGCGAAAACAGAUCAUCUGUCAGUAAAGGGGAUUAUGUGCCUUGUAUCAUGGCUUUACUCGAGACGUGUUUUCACUGACUGAAACUGUAUUUACAUAACAGGGUGUCUCCUGUGUGUCAGCUGCUGGGAGCUUUUUUUGUAUUCCAGAUGUUUUCACAGAUUUCUUAACAUUCACUCAUCAUAAUUUAUGUUUUCAGUAAUUUUGUUGCUUACAUGUGCUGCUCUUUAUUUAUUUAUCAUUUUUAUACAUUGUAAUAUGAGGGCCAUAUUGGUCUAUCCUGUAUUUUUUUUUUU